UGAUUGCAUGGCCCAUACAAAACCAGCUCAGAAACCUCCUGGUGAAUUUGACUUGAGACUGUUGAUGUGUGCACAAGUUUAGAACAACUUAAGCCUACACCAGUAUCUGUUUCAGAAUCAAGCCAAUUUGUUACUAUGGGUAAGGAGAAGACUCAUGUGAAUGUUGUCAUCAUUGGCCAUGUGGACAGCGGUAAAUCCACCACCACAGGGCACUUGGUCUACAAGUGCGGUGGGAUUGAUCAGAGAAAACUGGAGAAGUUUGAGAAGGCUGCAGCACAGGCAGGAAAGAGUUCUUUCAAAUUUGCUUGGGUUUUAGACAAACUAAAAGCUGAGCGGGAGAGGGGAAUAACCAUUGAUAUCUCACUGCUGAAAUUCAACACUCAAAAGUACUCCAUGACCAUAAUUGAUGCUCCUGGACACCGGGAUUUCAUCAAAAACAUGAUAACUGGAACAUCACAGGCUGAUGUUGCACUCUUGGUGGUCUCUGCUGCAAAAGGAGAGUUAGAGGCAGGUGUAUCUAGAAGUGGUCAGACCAGAGAACACGCUUUACUGGCCUACACACUGGGAGUGAAGCAGAUCAUUGUCUGUGUGAAUAAGAUGGACCUGACUGAACCUCCAUACAGCCAGAAGCGCUACGACGAGGUGGUCCGAGGGGUGAGUGGCUUCCUAAAAAAGAUCGGCUAUGACACUGCAACCAUCCCCUUUGUUCCCAUCUCUGGUUGGACUGGGGAGAACAUGAUUACAGCGUCUCAGAAGAUGCCAUGGUUCCAAGGGUGGAAAGUCAGGAGGCGAGAAGGGAAUGCCAAUGGUAAAACACUGCUAGAGGUCCUGGACUCAAUUCACCCACCUAUACGUACCAUCAACAAGCCUUUACGGUUACCUCUGCAAGAUGUUUACAAAAUUGGAGGUGUUGGAACUGUUCCAGUAGGUAAAAUUGAAACUGGUGUCCUCAAACCUGGCAUGACACUGAUGUUCUCUCCGGCCAAACUCACUGCUGAGGUGAAGUCCAUAGAGAUGCACCACCAGGGGCUGCAGACAGCACUGCCAGGACACAAUGUUGGCUUUAACAUUAAGAAUGUGUCCGUGAAGAAUCUGCGCCGUGGAGACGUGGCUGGGAAUGCCCAGCAGGACCCUCCAACAGACGUCAAGAGCUUUGAGGCUCAGGUCAUUGUCCUAAACCAUCCUGGCAAAAUAAAAGUGGGCUACUCUCCAGUCCUGGACUGCCACACGGCCCAUGUGACCUGUCGCUUCGCUGAGCUGAAGGAGAAACUUGACCGGCGCACGGGAAAGAAGGUUGAAGAAUACCCACAGAUCCUGCAGUCUGGAGAUGCUGCCACAGUCAAACUGGUGCCCAUUAAACCCAUGUGUGUGGAGAGCUUCUUCACAUACCCACCCUUAGGUCGAUUUGCAGCAAGAGAUCUCAAACAGACUGUUGCUGUGGGAGUCAUUAAGUCGGUAGACAAAGACCCAGGCUCCAAACUUAAAGCACAAGUGUGCAAAUAAUUUUGUUUACCAGAUUUCUGGUAUUUUUACAUUUUGUUUUAGCAAAUUUCACUGUGGUUACAUGGUGGUAUUUAUGUUGUCUUGAAGUUGAAUAUGUACUUUUGUUCCAAAUGUGCAAGUUGGAUGUGUAUUUUAGUUAAGACUUUGGAAUGAGGAUGGAAAAAUAAAGAAAUGGAAAAGUCA